AUGGUUACAGGGAAAGAAGGGGAGAAAUAUUGCGAGAACAGGUUUAAAUGGAAGAGCUCCGGGCCACCGAAUGCAGACGGCGAGCGUGCGAACGCCCGGAGGCUGCAGGGCGCGGCGGCUUCCACCCCGGCGGGGCGUGUCCGAGGCGAGAAGGGCGGCUCCGGAGGCUCCCCCGCCGGCCCGGCCCGCCCCGCCUCCCUGCCUACCUGCGCGGCAGGUGCUCCGGCCGCGCCCGGGCUCAGUCCCCCCGCCAUGGCUCAGGGAGCGGGGCCGAGCGGAGCGGAGGCGCAGCUGGGCUCGGCGCCGGGCCCCGCGGGGCGGCUCUGCCCGGAACACGGCCUGGAGCUGGGCUGGUUCUGCUGCGCCGAGAGGCGGCCGGUGUGCGCGCACUGCUGCCGGGACCACCGCCUGCGCCCACUGGCCGAGGAGGCGGCCGAGCGGCGGAACAAAAUUGUAGAUCAGUGCGAGACGCUUCAACUGCAGAGUGCCGUGACGGCUAAAUAUGUUGCAGAGGUGCUGCCGGAGAAGAAACAACAUGUUGUGAGUGCGGCCAGCAGGGCACGAGAGGUCCUGAUCCAGCGCUUGAACCUGGUAAGAAAUGUCUGCGAGAGCGAGGAGCAGCGGCUGCUGGACAUGGCACACACAGAGGAGGAACGGGCCCACCAGAAUAUCCUUACCCAGCAGGUCCACUGGACUGAGUCGCUGCGGAAACUGGGUGCCCUCCGGACCUAUCUGGUGGCCAUGAUCACUGCUAGAGAUGACCACGGGCUAGUGCAGGCAGAAGAGGAAAUCUUUGAAAGAUUGGAGGAAGCUGAGGGGAUCCUGAAACCUCAGGAAUCUGAGAAGUUAAACUUUAACCCACAGUGCAUCCAGAGUCCGUUGAUGAGCCGGUUAUGGGCCGCCGCUGUUCUGUGCCGGAACUCAGGUCAGUAUGAAGUCCACAUUGAUGAGAAAACAGUCAGCCCACUCUUGAUGCUCUCGGAAGACAAGAAAACGUUGACCUUCAGUCCUAAGAAAGUCAAGAGUGACCCUGAUGGUCCAGAACGGUUUGACCACUGGCCCAAUGCCUUGGCUGAAGAAUCAUUCCACAAAGGGAUCCACUCAUGGAGAGUCAGCGUGGCGAAGAGCGCCGCAUACAAGCUGGGUAUCUCAUAUAAAUCAGUGCAGCGUAAGGGCACAGGUCCUGAAGCCCGCCUUGGUUACAAUCCAUUCUCCUGGGUCUUCUCUCGCUAUGACAAGGAGUUUCGGUUUUCACAUGACAGUUGCCACCAGACUGUGGACCUCCUCAAGUACCCAACAGAAAUUGGGGUCCUGGUAGAUUUGGAUGUGGGAGAAUUGUUGUUUUAUGACCCAGAAUCCUGCGUUGUUCUCCAUGCGCACCAUGAAAACUUCACCGCUCCCAUCUACCCAACCUUGGCUGUAGCUGAUCAAAGCAUCUCUCUGAUACAGUGA